UUCAGGAUAUCCUUACUGUCUUUGCGAUGUUUGGUUAUAAGAGAAUGCUGCUCUUCAGAAAACGCGUAUAGUGGCCUUCGUCGAUGGGACAAACUCUCCAGUGUAUGCGUUACAAGGCAACUAGCAUUUUGUCAUGGAAGUUCGUGAAAGAAUGUUCUUGUUUUUCGUUGGAAAAACCAACGCCGACGUCAAGAUCAGUCUCCUUUACUUUCUCUUUUCGGGAGCAGAGCUGAAAAAGAUGGACAGUAACGAUCGCAUAAUAUCAAUUUAUCGGCCUCGUGAUCGAAAGCGCUUCCAAUUGCUCGGAAAUGCUUAGCUAUAUGAGGGACUUUGAUGGUGAGCAAAAAGAAUUGAUCAAGAAAUUGGUAAACUUUCGCAUGAUCGAUGGUAAAAGAACGAGAGUUCGUUCUAUUGUUUAUAAAACAUUUCACCACCUAGCUCGAACUGAAUGCGAUGUAAUAAAACUUAUGGUUGACGCCGUAGAUAAUAUAAAGCCAAUAUGCGAAGUGGUGAAAGUAGGAGUCACAGGUACUAUUUAUGAUGCUCCUGGGAUUGUAGCCAGGGAUCGUCAACAAACCUUAGCUAUUUGUUGGUUCCUUGGAGCAGCUUCGAAACGACGUAUAAGCUACAAGAUAAGCUUAGAGAAAUGUUCAUUUGCUGAGAUACUGGAUGCUUACCGAAAGAGGGGAAUUUCACGUAAGAGAAGGGAGAAUCUUCAUGGACUGGCUUCCACCAAUCGGAGUUUCGCGCACUUUAGAUGGUGGUAAAGUGAUACCACAUAAGGAGC